GGCGGGGGCGGGGCCACGCUGCGUCAUCGGGGCGCGCGCUGUGGACGACGCUGUGGUUGCCGGAAGUUGAGCGGCGUUAGCAACAAAUAAUGGCAGCAACUACAGGGGAUCUUGGACUCACCAAGUUGCAGUUUGCCCCUUUUAGCAGUGCCUUGGAUGUUGGGUUCUGGCAUGAGUUGACCCAGAAGAAGCUGAAUGAGUAUCGGCUGGAUGAAGCUCCCAAGGACAUUAAGGGUUACUACUACAAUGGUGAUCCUGCUGGGCUGCCAGCUCGCUUUACAUUGGAGUUCAGUGCUUUUGACAUGAACGCUCCUACCCCAGCACAUUGCUGCCCUGCUGUCGGAACACUAUAUAACACCAACACACUUGAGUCUUUCAAGACUGCAGAUAAGAAGCUCCUUUUGGAACAAGCAGCAAACGAGAUAUGGGAAUCCAUAAAAUCGGGCGCUGCUCUUGAAAACCCUGUACUCCUCAACAAGUUCCUCCUCUUGACAUUUGCAGAUCUAAAGAAGUACCACUUCUACUAUUGGUUUUGCUAUCCUGCCCUCUGUCUUCCAGAGAGUGUACCUCUCAUUGAGGCGCCAGUGGGGUUGGAUCAAAGGUUUUCACCAAAACAGAUUCAAGCCCUUGAGUGUGCAUAUGAUGAUCUUUGUCAAACAGAAAGAGUCACAGCCCUACCUUACUUCUUAAUCAAGUAUGAUGAGAACACGGUGCUGGUUUCCUUGCUUAAACAGUACAGUGAUUUCUUCCAAGGUCAAAGGACAAAGAUAACAAUUGGUGUAUAUGAUCCCUGUAACUUAGCCCAGUACCCUGGAUGGCCUUUGAGGAAUCUUUUGGUCCUAGCAGCUCACACAUGGAGUAGCAGUUUCCAGUCCGUUGAAGUCCUUUGCUUCCGUGACCGCACCAUGCAGGGGGCAAGAGACGUUGCCCACAGCAUCAUCUUCGAAGUGAAGCUACCAGAAAUGGCAUUUAGCCCAGAUUGUCCUAAAGCAGUUGGAUGGGAAAAGAACCAGAAAGGAGGCAUGGGACCAAGAAUGGUGAACCUCAGUGAAUGUAUGGACCCUAAAAGGUUAGCUGAGUCAUCUGUGGAUCUGAAUCUCAAAUUGAUGUGUUGGAGAUUGGUCCCUACUUUAGACUUGGACAAGGUUGUAUCUGUCAAAUGCCUGCUGCUUGGAGCUGGCACCUUGGGUUGUAAUGUAGCCAGGACAUUGAUGGGUUGGGGCGUCCGACACAUCACAUUUGUGGACAAUGCCAAGAUCUCCUACUCCAAUCCUGUGAGGCAGCCUCUCUAUGAGUUUGAAGAUUGCCUAGGGGGUGGUAAGCCCAAGGCCAUAGCUGCAGCAGAGCGGCUCCAGAAAAUAUUCCCCGGAGUGAAUGCCAGAGGGUUCAACAUGAGCAUCCCUAUGCCUGGACACCCCGUGAACUUCUCCAGUGUGACUCUGGAGCAAGCCCGCAGGGACGUGGAGCAACUAGAGCAGCUCAUCGAAAGUCAUGAUGUCACUUUUCUGUUGAUGGACACCAGGGAGAGCCGGUGGCUUCCUGCUGUCAUUGCUGCAAGCAAGAGAAAGCUGGUCAUCAAUGCUGCCUUGGGAUUUGACACAUUUGUUGUCAUGAGACAUGGCCUGAAGAAACCAAAGCAGCAGGGAGCUGGGGAUUUGUGUCCAAGCCACCCUGUGGCAUCUGCAGACCUCCUGGGCUCUUCGCUUUUUGCCAAUAUCCCUGGUUACAAACUUGGCUGCUAUUUCUGCAAUGAUGUGGUGGCCCCAGGAGAUUCAACCAGAGAUCGGACUUUGGACCAGCAGUGCACUGUGAGUCGUCCAGGAUUGGCCAUGAUUGCAGGAGCCCUGGCAGUGGAAUUGAUGGUUUCUGUUUUGCAGCAUCCAGAAGGGGGCUAUGCCAUUGCCAGCAGCAGUGAUGACCGAAUGAAUGAGCCUCCAACCUCUCUUGGGCUUGUGCCUCACCAGAUCCGGGGAUUUCUGUCACGGUUUGAUAAUGUCCUUCCUGUCAGCCUGGCAUUUGACAAAUGUACAGCUUGUUCUUCCAAAGUUCUUGAUCAAUAUGAGCGAGAUGGAUUUAAUUUCCUAGCGAAGGUGUUUAAUUCUUCACAUUCCUUCUUAGAAGACUUGACUGGUCUUACAUUGCUGCAUCAAGAAACCCAAGCUGCUGAGAUCUCUGUUUAUCCUAUUUGAACUCAAAGAAAUGGCCUUGAAGUUGAUGAACCACAAGAUCUGGGACAUGAGCGAUGAUGAGACUGUCUGAGAUGGCCCCAUGUAGACCCAGCCUCUCUCUGGCUGCCAAGGAGCUCCCCGUACCCGGAGCAGACUGCACCCCAGGACUGGUGAUUCUGGACCCUGCACCCCUCCAGCUUCUCUGGUCCCCUCUUCUCCAUACCCUGAGGACUGGGACCCUCCCUCUGCGGCCCCGGAGCUUCGUGUUCUGCAUUUGUCAUGAUUCAUGAUC